AUGAAAUAUAUGGAAAACAACAAUACCAGUCAUAGUAAACAUCCAUUCAUCAUUGGUGUCACUGGUGGAACAGCAUCAGGUAAAACCACAGUAUGUGACGAAAUUAUGAAACGUUUAGAAAAUAAAAGAAUUGCCAUAAUUUGUUUAGAUUCUUUCUAUAGACCAUUAUCAAAAGAAGAUAGAGAAACUGUUGCAAGUUAUAACUUUGAUCAUCCAGAUGCUUUUGAUUGGUCAUUAGUUGAAAAUGCAUUAAGAGAUUUAAAAGAUGGUAAAGAUAUUGAAAUUCCAACAUAUUGUUUCAAGAGUCAUUCACGUUUAGAAGAAACAGUAGGAUUAGGUGAUGUUGAUGUUAUUUUAUUCGAAGGUAUUUUAUCAUUCUAUACACAAUCGUUGAGAGAGCAAAUGGAUAUUAAGAUCUUUGUCGACACAGAUUCUGAUACUCGUUUAUCUCGUCGUGUUAUGAGAGAUAUCGCUGAAAGAGGUCGUAGUCUCGAGGGUGUUUUAUAUCAAUACGAAAAAUUUGUUAAACCUGCUUUCGAUGACUAUAUCCUUCCAACCAAGAAACAUGCCGAUGUCAUUAUUCCAAGAGGUGCUGAUAAUGUAGUUGCCAUAGAUCUAAUCGUUCAACAUAUCAGUUCAAAAUUAUCUGAAAAAGAAUCUUUUAGAAAAUCUCAAGGUCAAUUAAAUGUAAAUGGUGGUAGUAAUACUGCUUCUUCUGUAAAUCAUGCUUAA